AUGGAAACACCGGCAAAUACCGCGCUAGAAAAAGGCAUCGCCGUGGAGGACGCAAACACGGCCAGAGGAAAAGGUCGGGGCAGACCUCCACGCUAUGGCGGACGGGGGACCAGGAACAGGCAAUAAUAAAUCUAUCGAGCCACCAGCUGACGGAUAUGGAGACGGCUGUACUGGCAAAAGGUUUGACUUUUGUUCCUUCUACACGUACACAUGAUUUUAACAUGGCUGUAGAUAAUUAUAAAUUUACUCGCUCCCUGCGCCUAAGAGAACACUAUGGCUGUAGUUUAAAGGGGCAAGCUCAGGACACUACACCCCCUGGCUACAAACUGCGUAACAAUUUUGAUCCUAUCACUCACAACACCUCUCUUAAGACCUUUUCAAGGAUGGUCAAUGGGGCAAUCAGGGAUACACCUGCCCAGAUACAUAAUAGGGGGAACUUGAAUAAGAAGGAGCGGGAGGCCCUCGAACAGUUAAAGAAUAACCCCUCGAUUAUUAUUAAACCAGCGGAUAAGGGUGGAGCCGUAGUGAUAUUGGAUUAUGCAUACUAUAAAUCUGAGAUUUGUUCCCAACUAGCUGAUGGUUCCUGUUACCAAAAACUGACGUUUGACCCCACUUUGAAAUUCCAGGGGCAAUUGGGCAAAAUGCUGGAUGAAGCUGUUACACAAGGCUGGAUUACAGAGGAUCUGAGGAAUUUUCUAUACGUCAAGGAUCCGAACUGGCCAAUUGUUGCAACGGAUCCAGACUUGGGCAAACUGGUGAGUGAUGGUUUCUCUUUUGGCUAUAAACGUAGCAGGAACCUCAAGGAACUAUUGACACAGACGGAUCCGAUUAACAAAUAUAUUUGUCAUUCCAAAGUGCUGGCAGGUAGAUCUGGGGUGUACAGAUGUGGCAAUUGCAGUAUGUGUAGCACACUUAUAACGGGCAACCAGUUCUUUCACCCGCAUACAGGCAAAUCAUACAAGAUAAAAGACAGGUUAACCUGUACGUCUAAAAAUGUGAUAUACAUAAUCAAAUGUCCGUGCGGACUUGUGUAUUGCGGUAAGACAUGCCGACAAUUGAAAGAGCGCAUUAGUAUGCAUCGCUCCUCCAUUAGGGCAGCUUUGGAUCCUAAACCUAAGGGGGACUCUAAAAAACAGGAUAUAUCCAAGCAGCCGGUAGCACAGCACUGGCUAAAUGCUAAACAUUCUAUUGCAGCUUUUAAAUGUAUGCCGAUAGACUCCAUUCCAACGCCCCCACGGGGAGGAGAUGUUGAUCGUUUAUUGCUCCAGCGUGAGGCCUUUUGGACCUAUGAACUUGACAGUGUGGCUCCCAGAGGAUUGAAUACCUACCUUCAAUUUAAUAGCUUUUUACCAUUGAGAUGAUGUUGAAUUUUGUAACUCUGGUGGUGCUUUGUAGAGUACUCUAAAUUAUAUUAUAAAUGUUGGUAGGGAUCCCUUGGGGUUACAUACUGUAAAAAAUGUGUCUAUCUAAUAUAUGUGUGUAGUUUAAAACCAGUUACAUGGUAUAACAGUAGCUUUUAUAUGGACAUUCCCACAUGUUUUUAGGAUAUUUUUUUAUAUAUGAAUUUAAGCACUUUACUGCCACCACACAUUAACCAGGUGAUGCUGAUGUUAGCUAUCUAUUAUGGAUGCACUAGCACUUUAACACAUGGAUCAUUGUUUGUUUUUUUAUGCUAAUUACUGAAGGGUCACUUCCUGUGUGCAUUUGGGAGGGGAGGGUAUUUAUUCAGUGAAUUGUUUGGCACAUGUUUCACCUUGAGAAAGGUCCCAAAAGGGACCGAAACGUAACGUCGGUUACAUAUGCAAUAACACUUUUUCUACUUGCAA